GCUCAAUCGAUGCUAUCCUCACUUUGGCCUCCAGUUCUUCAUUUUGAAACGGAAUAAUGGCCUUCGUUGCUCGUUUGCUGUUCAUGGCAGCCCUUGCCUGCGCUGCCGAUGUCUCCUAUACACUUGAUCUGACCUGGGCACCCGGAUCACCAAACGGCCUGGAACGGGAUAUGAUAUUCGUCAAUGACCAAUUUCCAGGACCACCGAUGAUUCUGGACGAGGGCGACGAUGUGACUGUCCAUGUUCAUAACCACAUGCCGUUCAACACGACAGUACACUUCCACGGAAUUGAACAGCUGGGUACCCCAUGGGCAGAUGGCGUACCUGGUCUCACGCAAUGGGCGAUUCAACCAGGCGAGUCGUAUACCUACCAGUGGCAUGCGAAUGAUUAUGGGACUUACUGGUAUCACGCCCAUAACCGAGCAACACUGCAGGAUGGUCUGUAUGGCGCUAUUCAUAUCAGGCCAUCGGAAGACCGCGAACGUCCCUUUUCCUUAAUAUCCGAUAACACGGACGAUAUCGACGCCAUGAAACACGCAGAGAGACACACAAUACCUGUUAUCAUGUCGGACUGGGAUCAUUUGACAUCAGUGGAGUAUAUGGAAGCAAUGGAAGCGACCGGAUAUGAUAUUUUUUGCUCCGAUAGCAUCCUCGUCGGCGGUAUGGGAUCUGUCUACUGCAAAGAUCCCGCGGAGCUGACGGCGCUCCAACCAGCCGGGGUUCAGCAGGUUGUUAAUGCGACUUUAACCGAUAGGGGAUGCGUCCCAUUCGUGACAAAACUGCAAGGAGACUGGGAACACCACCCAGAUCAACUCCCACCUGGUUUGAACGACGGCUGUACCCCUGGCGAAGGUCCAGAGGCCGAAUACGUGGUCGACGCAGCAUACAAAUGGGCCAGUUUCAGCUUCAUCAGCGCAGCCAGCCUGAAAGCCCUUGUUGCUUCCAUCGACGAGCAUCCCAUGUACGUCUACGAAGUCGACGGCCGGUACAUCGAGCCCAGACUCGCAGAGAGCAUCGAGAUAUAUAACGGGGAGCGAUACUCGGCUAUGGUGAAAUUGGAUAAAGAGCCUGCUCAGUAUACAAUGCGUAUUGCCAGUACUGGCGCAAAUCAGGUUAUAUCGGGCUAUGCCAGGGUGACAUACGAAGGGGGACAGGAGAACCCACGGGAAUCGACACCGUAUAUCAACUACGGCGGACAGAAUGUUACUGAGUCGCUGGUGAAAUUAAAUACAAGUGAUCUCCCGCCAUUCCCAGCUGUUUACCCAGCAGAGACAGCAGAUGAUUUCCACCUGCUAACACUCGGCCGGAUUAAUUCAUCCUGGGAGUGGACGCUGGACGGGACGAAAUUCUUCCCAGCCGAUAUGGACACCAUGCAGCCUGCGCUGUGUAACCCAGAUAGCCCAGAGCUGGAGUCCGCGCUGAAAAUCACCACCCGCAAUGGCACUUGGGUUGAUCUGGUGUAUCAGCUGCGCAUUGACGCCCCGACAGUCGUGCAGCCUCCGCAUCCAAUGCACAAGCACUCGAAUAAAGCGUUCCUAAUUGGCCGGGGUUCAGGGCAGUUCCAGUGGCGGAGUGUCGACGAGGCGCGGAAGCAGGCCCCUGAGAAGUUCUUCCUCAACAGGCCGUUGUACAGAGAUACGUUUGUGACUGCGCCGUCUGGGGAGGCGUGGAUGGCGGUGCGAUACGAAGUUGUUAAUCCUGGGCCGUUCUUCUUGCAUUGUCAUAUGGAGACGCAUUUGCAUGGGGGGAUGGGGAUGGUGUUGCUAGAUGGGAUUGAUGCGUGGCCAGAGGUGCCAGAGGGAUAUUGCUGAUGGAGUUUAAAUAAGCCAUUGUCAGCUCCAGUCUAAUACAACUACAGCAGGC